CCGAAGAAAAGGAAUGAAGCUUCCAUUGAUAAUAUAUUAUUUUGCCUAAAAAUAUUAUACAAAAUGAAAGAAAUUAAUAUAAACAUAGAAGGGUACAAUGUGAACGGUAUAUGUGUCGGAUGCUUGAAUUAUAACCGUCAAAUGUUUUACUGUGACGAUAUUAAAGAAUGUUUCAAAGUUUUAGCAAAUAUCGAUGUACCAGAUGGAUUGACAAUUCAAGUGUGCUGGGAAUGCUUGGCUUAUGUCAGAAACGCAUUUAAAUUCAGAGGACAAAUCCUUAAAUCAUAUGAUAUACUUAUCGCCUAUUCAGAAAAGUACAAAUUCCUCAACUCACCCAACGAUCUAACCGUUCAUGCGAACCAACGCUUAACAUCAAAUUUGAUAACCGAUACGCAAUUACUAAUAGACGAACCAUGCUGUAAUGUGGAUAGUAUUAAAAAUGAACCCGUCCCGCCCGAUAACAGCAAAUAUAUUGAAAUAGAUUUACGGAGUGACAUAAAAUUAGAGAAUGAAGAUUUUCAGACGGAUGACGUAAACGUGGACUGCACCUACGAUGACUUACCAGCGAAAGAGCAGACGGAGUCGGAUGACGAUAUUAUACUCGCGAAACUAAAGACUGAUAAAGGAGGUAAGAAAAAGAAGAAGAAAGAAAAGGAGAAAAGGCGAGACAACGAAAAGAUUACAGACACGAAAGAAAAGAAGCCGAGACGUCUGAAGAACCUUCCAGAAGAAUUGGUGGAACUGUACACAAUGAGCGAGGAGGAAAUGUGGAAGGUACGGCAGAAGGAUGUCGCGAAUGAGGAGUUCCAGAAAAUUAAGUACAAAUGCGAAUUCUGUAUAUACGUUUUCAAUACUAAGAGGUUAAUGGAGUUUCACGUUAAUGGGAAGCAUAAUUCGAAGAGUGAUGACGAUCACCAGUGCGAUGUCUGCAAAGCAUAUUUCUUGACCAAGGAGAAUAUAAGGAUUCAUAGAAAAUUACACCUUGUUGCUUAUAAGUGUCGAAAAUGCAACUUAUUAACAACGCUAAAGAAAAUAAUGCUGGAACAUGAGUGCGCUAAGAAACUUCUAGAACCGGGAUACCCGUGCCCUGAUUGCCCCGAUAAAGUGUUCAGCACGAGAUCGAAGCUAGCUUACCACAGGACGGUGACCCACCAAGAGAAGCCGCAAUGCGAUUGUUGCGGCAAAGUUUUCGCGAACAAAAUGACCUUGAAAUAUCACCUCAAAAUAUUACCACUGAAUAAAGAUGAAAAGCCGAAGGAGAAGUUAUUCAUCCCCUGUAAGGGGUGCGGGAAAAUAUUCCACUCGAAGAAGAGUUACAGAGCGCAUGCCGUGAUCCACGAGGGGCUCAGCUUCACGUGUUCGGUCUGCGGCAAGCUGUUCCAAUGGAAGCGGAACCUCGCGAGGCACAUGCGGAACCAUCGCGAGCGGGAGGCCGGAGCCCUGCACCGCUGCCGGGACUGCGGGAAGAGCUUCGCCAGCCGGGACUGCUACAACAACCACAUGCGGCUCAGCAAGCGGCACGCGCACGAGGACAGCUACGUGCACGCGUGCCACUUUUGUGGUAAGAAGUUCGCGACCCGGUGGUGUAUGAUCGACCACAUUGAUUGGGACCACCUCAGGCGUAUCAAGUACCAGUGUAGCGUGUGCUUUAAGCCGUUUAAGACGGCGAAGAUAAUGGUCGCGCACAUGAAUAAUAUUCACGAAGGAAAGAAUAAGAAGGAGCCGGACGGCGAGCAUCUGUGUGAUAUCUGCGGGAAAUCGUAUAAGACGGUCAAACGGCUCAAAGGUCACGUAUGGGCGAUGCACACGAACAGAUCGGUCUCGAAGAGUUUUAAGUGCACCCUUUGCCCUGCGACUUUCUCCUGGCAAACCAGCAUCUACAAACAUAUGAAAAUGAUGCAUUACAGCAAACGCGCCAAACAACCGCGAGUGCCAGUUAAGAAACCGGAGACCUACCCGGGCAUCGAUGUGGCGACCCGGAUGCAAUACUUCCCGCCAAACAUCACACAGAACACGCCGCUUAUAAACUUACCUCAGAAUGUUUGAAUAAACAUUUUUUUUAUAUAAUU